AGAAUCUGCCUGUCCAUUCGAAAAAAAACCCUCCCCAGAGAAGCGACAGCAUAUAUAUUCUGCAUCACACUCUUUAAGCGGCUCUCUCAAAUGGCUGUUGCUUUCGAAACCAUUGGCUUCCUCCACUUGAAGAAACCCGACAACCAGCUUCUUCUUCUUCCUCGCGGUGCUUCCCAGCUUCCGACUCUUGCAGUCAAAAGGUUCACUCCCAUGGCUGCCCUCACCUCCGCCCCUACCGUCGGACUCUCUGAAACGUUCAAGAGGUUGAAGAAGCAGGGCCAGGUAGCAUUUAUCCCAUAUAUCAAUGCCGGUGAUCCUGAUCUUUCAACCACUGCGGAAGCAUUGAAGGUGCUCGAUGCUUGUGGAUCAGAUAUAAUUGAGUUGGGUGUCCCGUAUUCUGAUCCUUUGGCUGAUGGCCCAGUUAUACAGGCUGCAGCCACACGUUCUUUGGCAAAGGGCACCAAUUUUGAAGUUAUAAUUUCAAUGUUGAAGGAGGUGGUUCCACAAUUAUCUUGUCCUAUUGCUUUAUUCACAUACUACAACCCCAUUCUCAAGCGUGGUACUGAAAAGUUCAUGUCCAUUGUGAAAGAUGCUGGUGUACAUGGGCUUGUCGUCCCAGAUGUUCCUUUAGAGGAGACCAAAAGUUUGAGAAAGGAAGCUCUGAAAAAUAAUAUCGAACUGGUGCUGCUUACUACACCCACUACUCCGACGGAUCGAAUGAAAGCCAUAGUGCAAGCUGCAGAAGGAUUUAUAUACCUAGUGAGCACAGUUGGAGUUACUGGUGCCCGUGCAUCUGUAAGCAAUCGAGUUGAAAAUCUUCUGAAGGAAAUUAAAGAGGUGACAGAUAAGCCAGUUGCAGUUGGUUUUGGAAUAUCAAAGCCUGAGCAUGUGAAGCAGGUAGUGGGAUGGGGAGCUGAUGGUGUGAUCGUUGGUAGCGCAAUAGUAAAGGUGCUGGGUGAAGCAAAAUCUCCUGAGGAAGGAUUGAAAGAACUAGAAACUUUUGUCAAGUCUUUAAAAUCUGCACUCGUCUGAUAACAGAUUACCAAAACCAAAAUAAAUUUGUUGAACUUUAGAUUUCAACUCCGAUUUGGAAUUGUUGUUAGAUGAAAAUAAUAAAUUGUUCUUAUUUGUAUGAUCUAAUUUUACUGUUCCUUUUAUGUAGAGGAAUUUGUGCAA